UUGCCUCUUUAUCCUUUGGCCCCUGAUUGACGAAUCCAUCGUCGUCUAACUUUGAAGUUGUUUAACUCGUUGUACGAGGACCGUUCACCGCAAGUAGAUUUGUUACGUUUUGUAUUACAAUCGCGUACUUAGGUAUUUAUUGUGUUUACAUGUAAUUAUUGCAUUUGUGACAUUGUGAAUUUUAUUUAAUUAUUUGCCUAUAUCAUUCAGUUUAAUCGGUGUUGUGAUUUUUACAGUGUAUGUGCAAAGUGCGGAUUCCAACAGCGGGUUAGUUGUCGAUGUUCAGAAUUUAAAUAGUGUGAUAAAUUUCAAUAGACGAUGGCAGAUAAUACAAAAUUGACUGACGAAGAAAGAGCAGAAAUUAGAGAACAAUUUUCUCAGUUGGACAAGAGUGGAAAUGGCUACAUUGACAUGAAGGAGCUCAAAGACGCCCUUGACGGCGUUGGAUAUAAAAUACCACAGUGGAAGGUGCGUUGUAUGAUAGAAGAGUAUUAUGACAACGGUUCAAAGCAUGGGCGGGCCAAUGGAAGCGUUAACGGCGACUCAAAGAAGAAUGGUAUGACUCUCUUGGAGUUCGAAGAACUCUGUGGAAACCUCAAAGCACAACAGGUUGCGAGUACAUUCAAGCAGGCAGUUAGUAAAAAGGAGAACUUAGAACAUCUCGGUGGAAUGAGCGAAGCAUCCAGUGACGGUACAACCCACUCAGUGCGUCAGGAAGAACAGAUGGCCUUCUCAGGAUGGAUUAAUAGUAACCUGGAGCAUGACCCUGACUUAGCACACCUUCUGCCCAUUGACCCUGAAGGCAAACAGCUCUAUGAAAAGUUGAAGGAUGGACUUAUUUUAUGCAAAGUAAUCAACCAUUCCUGUCCGGACACGAUCGAUGAACGUGCGAUUAACAAGAAAAAUCUUACCCUUUACACGAAGCACGAAAACUUGACUCUUGCGUUGGUCUCUUCUCAGGCGAUUGGUUGCAACAUUGUUAACAUUGACGCACACGAUCUUGCUAAAGGUAAACCUCACCUUGUACUUGGCCUGCUGUGGCAGAUAAUCCGUAUCGGUCUUUUCAACCAGAUCACACUUGAGCACUGUCCUGGCCUUACGGAACUUCUCAAUGACCAGGAACGUAUUGAAGACCUGUUGGCGCUAUCACCUGAAGCCAUCCUCCUCCGCUGGGUGAACCAUCAACUGCAAUGUGCGGGUGUUACUCGCCGCUGCACCAACUUCCAACAGGAUGUGUCUGACUCCGAAAUAUAUUCAUAUCUCUUGAAGCAAAUCGCCCCAGAUGACGCUGGUGUCACAUUGGAUGCGCUUAGAGAAACAGACCUCCUUCGUCGUGCAGAGGUGAUGUUACAGCAGGCAGCUAAGCUCCGUUGUCGGGCAUUCGUGGCGCCUGCGGACGUCGUCAACGGAGUCUACAAACUCAACUUAGCCUUCGUAGCCAAUCUGUUUAACCAACAUCCGGGAUUGCAGAGGAACGAAACAGAUGCUGAUGCAUAUCACCAGUUAGAUGAGACCAGAGAGGAGAAGACAUACCGUAACUGGAUGAACUCAAUGGGCGUGGCACCACAUGUAAACUGGCUUUACUCAGAUUUGACCGAUGCACUUGUCAUCUUUCAGCUUUAUGACAUUAUCAAACCUGGUAUUGUCAACUGGAAGAAGGUACACCGUCAAUUCUCGAAGCUUCGUAAAUUCAUGGAGCGUCUAGAGAACUGCAACUACGCAGUUGAGUUGGGACGCCAACUUGGAUUCUCACUUGUCGGUAUCGCUGGGGCUGACAUCAACGAAGGAAACGCAACACUUACGCUUGCUUUAAUAUGGCAACUUAUGCGUGCAUACACACUGUCAGUGUUAACACGAUUGGCGAACACUGGCAACCCCAUUAUUGAAAAGGAGAUCGUGCAGUGGGUCAAUAACAAACUACAAAGCGCUGGCAAGGCCUCGUCUAUUAGGAGUUUCCAGGAUGAAGUUCUAGCAGACGGCAAAGUGGUUCUCGACCUCAUAGAUGCCAUAAAACCUGGCUCAAUUAACUACGACCUUGUAUUGCCUGGGGCGGAUAAAGAGGAAUGUUUAGCGAACGCGAAAUACGCGAUAUCAAUGGCAAGGCGUUGCGGUGCACGCGUAUACGCAUUACCCGAAGACAUAACCGAGCGCAAGCCGAAGAUGAUCAUGACAGUCUUCGCGUGUCUCAUGGCCCUCGACUAUAUUCCAACCAUGGACGCGCCCGUCGCCCAACCAGGGCCAGAAAUGCCGGUAGAACCUGUGUUACUGGAUGGUGCUGCGGAAACCACCGAUGAACCUGAAGAUAUUUCGAGUCCACAGACUCCUGAGAAGCCAAUGUUACCACCAAAACCAGAGAGCCUUUCACGGACUGUGUCUACCACAGACUAACAUAACACCUAUUUCAUGAGUUAUAGUAAUACCAAAUGCGUUAUAGUCUGUGGAAAGAGUACCAUCGAGGCGGUUUUGUGAAAAAGUGAUGUCAACGUAACUAAAUCUGGACUAAGUACUGCUUAGACCCCAAAUUCUACGACCGAAUCCUUUCCCUUCAGACUCAUUCCAAAAACAUGUAAGUAAGUACAUAUAGUGUGAAUAUAUUAAGGACAUUUUAAAUUUGGGACUUGAUGUUUAUUGUGAACUAAGGAAAAUAUAUUUUUUUACUUUCA